AUGUCCCCUCUUUCCUCCUUCAUCGCCUUCAAACCCUACUUCACCAUGACGGUCGCCACCUCCUCCGACUCGACCCACAGCGUCUCCUGCCUCUCGCGCGGGCUCGCUCUCCUCGGCCUCUCUCCCACUUCCAAGCGCGCUCCUUUGAGCGAGAAGAAUCUGAACCUGCACAACGGUUCUGACGCCAGCUCCGGCUCGGGGUCCGAGACGUCCAGCACCGAGUCCUGGUUCACGGUCGAGAAGCCCGAAAAGACGGCUAAAAUUGACGGGGUUGAGAAGCAUCCCGCCUCGGACAGCGCGAGCCAGCUCGUCGUCGAGACGUACGAGGAGGACCUGCCCGAGUACACUGAGAAGAGCGCCAUCGCCGUUGCCGUCAGGUACAAGAAUCGCGAGCUCUUCUUCAUCGUCAAGCCCACCACCCGCAUCAAGACUAUCAAGCGUGCCUUCGCCCAGAACUUUGGAUCCAAGGGCGAGCUGCGCCCCAAUGAGUUGCAGUGGGUUGCGCAGCUCAGGCACUUGGAAAGGGUAGCUGACAACAGGCUCAACUAUUGCGGCCGCAAGCUCCGUGACAGGAUGACUGUCGCUGAGUGCGGUAUGGAGGACGGGGAUGAGAUCCUCUGCAUGAUUGACUUUGGUAGGCUCGAAAGCUUGGGCACGGCUGACGUCAGACUAUAUCCCCAUGGCUGGAUGAUUCGGGCGUGGGAAUGGGCGAAUGCGAGGAUGUUAUGUAUCGAGAGAAAGCCAGUAGUAGACUGA